CCAGGAUUUGCCUUCCAGCAGUCUGGAAUGCAUAAUCCUACCUAUAAACGAUGGAACUCUCGUCACCGAGACGCAGUGCAGGCUUGGGUUAGAAUGAUGCGAACACUCUGGGUAGUCUGUGUCCUGGCUUCUCUGCUAUCGACAGCUUAUGCAAUUUCCUGUGUCCAGUGCAAAAAUGAAAAUGGGCUGGAAUGCUCGGCUCCUCCCGCACCGUGUCCCAACAACUCCGUCUGCUUUACUUUCACCGUACAAAAUGAAGCAAGCGAAGCUGUGUUAAGGACCUGUGGACACCCAAAGUACUGUGGCCAAACAUUCAGCUUUAUGGAUAAAGGCUCCAUAAUAACAUUCUCCUCCUCGUGUUGUGAUCAUGAUGGAUGCAUGCCUAUUCCGAGACUGCAUGCAAAUGAUUUCAGAUGUCCCUUCUGUUCUAUGUUGGAUUAUGACGUAGACGAUUGCAUCAUCCACCAUGAGAAGAAGUGUGUAGGAAAUGAGAACAGAUGUUAUUCUUAUUAUACUGGAACAGGUGGUACGAAGCAACUGGCAGGACGCGGCUGUGCCUCUGAGAAUCUGUGUGCUGGCAUUAAUGAAACCAUUGUCCCUAAAGUGCUGUGGGAUGGGAUGAUCGACUGUGAUGGUGAUGGGGCUGGGAAAUAUAAUUCCAGUAGCAGUUAUCUGACAUACAAUAUACUAUUAUUGACUUUUUCUAUGAUGCUUGGUGUCUGAAACUCUUACAGGGCUGCGUUGCUCACGAGAGAACCACUUUGCACCAAAAUAUGCUCAUUGGUUAAUUAUGUCAUGUGACAUGAGCCGUAGUAGAUUAUGCUUUAUGACCAGACAAGCAGUUACGCCGGGGAAGGUAGACUUCCUGGAGCCAAUCCCUGCAGUGUGCCUGCUGUAACUCUGAGACGUUUGGGGAGGCUCAGUGACUGCCCUGUUAUGCAUGUACUGUACCCAAUAUAGCUGAGGGUUGCUAUCUACAACCAGCCCAACCCCUGGAUGCUAUUCAAUGUAUUUUUGUACAUACUGUACAUACAUUCUAUUUUUGAUAUCAAAAUAAAGGUGCCUUUGCAUACUU